AUGGCUCAAACGAACCAGGUAUUCAUUGCGAUUAUUGGCGCUGGAGGGGUAGGCAAAUGCUUCCUCUCUCAGCUUGCGGACCUGAGUACACGCCGACCAUCUCCGAAGCUGAGUCUCUGCUACAUAUCGACAAGCAAGAAAGCCGUCUACAAUGCCGACUACUCGAUUGGCGACAAUGCCCUCCAGGACCUCGCAGCCUCGACCAAAGCUCCUAUGAGUCUACCCCAGGUCGCCGACUACCUCGCUGCGGCGCCCUCCAAAGCCAUACUCGUCGACAACACCAGCUCGCAGGAUGUGGCCGAUGCCUACCCGCUCUUCUUGAGCCGCGGUGUGAGCAUUGUCACUCCCAACAAAAAGGCCUUUUCAGGCUCGUACAAGCUGUGGCAAGACAUCUUCAGUGCUGCUUCCACCUCGGGAGCCAAGGUGUACCACGAGUCCUCAGUUGGAGCUGGUCUACCCGUCAUCUCAACACUGAAGGAUUUGGUGGAUACUGGAGAUGAGGUGAUCAAGAUCGAGGGUGUGUUCAGCGGUACCAUGUCCUUCCUGUUCAACUCAUUCGCACCGGUCGAGGGUUCCGGUGGCCAGUGGUCUGCGGAAGUCAAGAAGGCGAAAGAGCUGGGAUACACGGAACCUGACCCUCGAGAUGAUCUGAACGGUCUUGAUGUCGCGAGAAAACUGACUAUACUCGCGCGUUUGGCUGGUCUCCCUGUCGAGUCCCCUACGUCCUUCCCGGUCCAGAGCUUGAUCCCGAAGGAGCUGGAGUCGGUCUCGAGUGGUGAUGAGUUCCUCCAAAGACUACCCGAGUUCGAUUCCCAGAUGGAAGAGACUAAGUCCGCGGCGCAAAAGCAAGGCAAGGUGGUACGAUUCGUGGGUAGUAUCGAUGUGGCUUCCAAGGCGGUAAAGGUCGGACUGGAGAUGUUUGACAAGUCACACCCGAUCGCAGCGCUCAAGGGCAGCGACAACGUCAUUAGCUUCUACACCAAGCGAUAUGGAAGCAACCCGCUUAUCAUCCAGGGCGCUGGCGCUGGCGGAGAGGUGACGGCCAUGGGCGUGACUAGCGACUUUAUCAAAGUUGUGUCCCAAAUCUCGUAA